AUGGACGCUAGCUGUGGACCCUCGAGUGCGCUUUCCCAGCUUUCUAAGCAUGCUCAGAGAGACACCUCUCUUCAGCACGGGACCGUGAACAAAAGUUUUCCCCAACAAAGUAGGCCAAGUUUCAAAAACCAGCCUGGAUUCGAUGCCUCACUCAACCAGGAAUUUCAGAACUUCAGUGGCCGAGCUGGACCAGGGGCAACUUUCCAAGAUCAGUUUGCCGGGGCAGGACCCAUCAACCCUCAUGCUCAACACCGCCCUCAACAACAUCAACACCAGCAAAACCAGUGGAUUCAGGACUUUAAUGGUUUGUCCUUGGAAAAUCGACACCAGCUGCCUGCUGCUGCUGCUGCUGCUGCUCAUGCCCAGCAGGGAAAGUCCGACUGGCACCAGCAGUUCAUGAACCUGAUGAAUAGGCAAAGUAUGCAGCAGCAACAACCACAGCUUCAACACAAUAUGGCCAACACAGCAUUUAGGCCACAGAUGGGGUACAUGGGCCAAAUGGGCCAGAUGGGCCAAAGUUUUCAGACGCUGAACCAACCUCAGACAGAGAAGGCCCAAGUGGAGGCGGAUUUGCUUGAAAACAGUGAAAUUCUCGACUCUCACUUUGAGCAGCUCGAGAAGGAGUUGGCGAUGGAAGAGCAGCAGUCUGAAGAAGCACUGAUUAGUGAGAUCGACAAGGAGCAAUUUGUCGAGGCUGCCAAGGCAGUGAGGCACUCCAUGAGGAACGAGAACAACAUGAAGUCAGAAGAAACAACGUCUAAGUUUGAGCAGCUGAAUUUCCUAAAGCUCAUGAACUCAAUCUCCGAUAGAAAGGUCGAGCUCUCGAAAGAGGGCGACAAGCUUGUUGAAACAGAAACGGGACAGGAUAUCAGGAACAACCUAAGCGACCCGCUAAAGUACGAGAAAGACCCCGACUACCACGAAAGGCCCCACGAGACAAUCCCAGCACCAGCAAAUUUGAACGCUCAAAAUAUGAGCGUUCCUCCACCACAAAUCACCAAGGAGUCAGAAAGUGUUCGCAGCCAUUUACCUGACCCAUUGGCCCACAUAAAGGAUGGCCAGCUCCCUGACAACUUGACGGCUUUACAAGCGGCGAGAAUCAUAAGCGGUGGGCAAGUUACGGGAAACCAGUGGAUGGAGGACGAGUCGUGGCUAACGGACCCCAGCAGGCUUCAGAACCAGACACCACUCUCCCAAGGCGGCAGCAGCAGCGGGAACAGCAUAUUGGAGCCCCACUGGCAGGAAGUCUACGAUGACUAUCGCCAUGAUGAUGAUUACCAUUGA